AUGUCGGCGGACCCGGAGAGAGAUCAGGCGCUGGAGGACUACAAGAACAAGCUGCUAGAAUCAAGAGAAUGGGAGGCCAAGCUGAAGGCGCUACGGUUAGAGAUCAAGGAUCUGCAGCGCGAGUUCGAUGUGUCAGAGGACAAUAUCAAGGCGCUGCAGAGCGUGGGUCAGAUCAUCGGCGAGGUGCUCAAACAGCUGGAUGAGGAGAGAUUCAUCGUCAAAGCCUCCUCCGGCCCCCGCUACGUCGUCGGCUGCCGGUCAAAGGUGGACAAGGUAAAGCUCAAACAAGGCACGCGCGUCGCCCUCGACAUGACCACUCUCACUAUCAUGCGCAUGCUGCCCCGCGAAGUCGACCCGCUAGUCUACAACAUGUCGCUCGAAGACCCAGGACAAGUAUCUUUCGGCGGCAUCGGAGGCCUGAACGAGCAGAUCCGUGAGCUGAGAGAGGUCAUCGAACUCCCGCUCAAGAACCCCGAACUCUUCCUCCGAGUCGGCAUCAAACCACCUAAAGGCGUGCUUCUCUACGGUCCACCCGGCACAGGCAAGACACUUCUCGCACGAGCAGUCGCUAGUGGUCUGGAAACCAACUUCCUCAAAGUCGUCUCCUCCGCCAUCGUAGACAAAUACAUCGGCGAAUCCGCCCGCCUGAUCCGCGAAAUGUUCGGCUACGCCAAAGAGCACGAGCCCUGCAUCAUCUUCAUGGACGAAAUCGACGCCAUCGGCGGCCGCCGCUUUAGCGAGGGCACUUCUGCCGACCGUGAAAUCCAGCGCACGCUGAUGGAACUCCUCAACCAACUCGACGGCUUCGAUUAUCUCGGCAAGACGAAGAUCAUCAUGGCGACGAACCGGCCCGAUACCCUGGACCCUGCUCUGCUGCGUGCUGGACGGUUGGACAGGAAGAUCGAGAUCCCGCUCCCGAAUGAAGCGGGACGGUUGGAAGUGCUGAAGAUCCAUGCGGGUGGUGUGGCGAAAGAGGGGGAGAUUGAUUUUGAAUCGGUGGUGAAGAUGUCUGAUGGGUUGAACGGAGCGGAUUUGAGAAAUGUGGUUACCGAGGCGGGGUUGUUUGCGAUCAAGGAUUAUCGGGAUGCGAUCAAUCAGGAUGAUUUCAAUAAGGCGGUCAGGAAGGUGGUGGAGAGUAAGAAGUUGGAGGGCAAGCUUGAGUACCAGAAGUUGUAA